UUCUGCUAUCUGAUUUACAACGCGGACGCCCACUAUUCCCGCUAUGUUUCACUUCCACCAUGCCCAUGCAGCUUGGCGCGGGCAAGAGUUGAAUUCCCAGUCAUUAUUUUCAGUGUCAGCUGUCAAAGUUUUCAAGGUUGUCUGCUUGCUUGUUGCAAACUUCACUUCACUUCCGGUAAAUUUCAAUCGGCCAAUAGCGUAGCUUCGCCCGGUUGUUUACUGCGCUCGGGAGCUUUGUUUGAAAAUCGAGCUUUUUCAGGAAAUUGUGAACAAUUUCUUUGUUUUCAGAUUACUCGAUGCAAAGUGUUUUCGCGUUAUUCUCCAACUAAACCUUAAAACUGUGUAUUUGUCGAUAAACGAACACGCGAGUGUACGAAUUACAAACAAAAACAUUGAUUUCGUGUGAACAUCUGGGUGAGACGCUGUCUUGCGUGUAAACAAAAAUAGCUUUUUUGAAUGAACAGUGGUGUUGUGGGGUGUUGUUGAGUGCGGCUAGUGGUGGUGGUGCCAUGAGGAGCGCGUAGAGCGGCAUGGCGACCACGCUGCUGCUGGCGGGCGCUCUGCUCGCCGCCGCCGCCGCCGGCGCGGACCUGCCGCAUCCCGGUAUCCCGGGCGAGGGCGGGUCCGACGCGGGGGCCGCGGGGGCGGGGGCUGCGUGCGGCGCGGCGCAGUUCCUGUGCGCGGGCGAGCGGCGCUGCGUGCCGGCCGCCUGGCGCUGCGACGGCCGCGCGCACUGCGCCGACGCGGAGGAUGAGCUCGGCUGCAGCUACAACUCGACGUGCGGCACGGGCCAGUUCCGCUGCUCGUCGGGGCGCUGCAUCCCGGCCGCGUGGCGCUGCGACGGCGACCGCGACUGCGGACACGACGACUCUGAUGAAGACCCUACUCUAUGUGAGCGUGACUUCAAGUGCCCGGGCAACUGGGCGCGCUGCGCGACGCCGGCGGGCGGCUCGUUCUCGUGCGCGCCCGUGCAGCAGUUCUGCGACGGCACUCCGCAGUGUCCGGACAAUAGUGACGAGUGGGACAUCUGCGACAACUUCAACGAGACGCAAUGCGCGCCGCUGCAGUGCGAGGUGGGGUGCAAGCCGACCCACGAGGGACUCACGUGCUACUGCCGACCCGGGUACGAGGUGCAGAACGGAACUUGUGUCGACACGGACGAGUGCGCGGCGGCGGACCCGCCCUGCUCGCAGCAGUGCGUCAACCUGCCCGGCGCCUACCGCUGCUCGUGCCUGCCCGGCUACUCGCUGCACGGCGCCCGCGCCUGCCGCGCCGACGACGGUACGUACACGUCGCCGCACAGACACCGGCCCGCCCUGCUCGCAGCAGUGCGUCAACCUGCCCGGCGCCUACCGCUGCUCGUGCCUGCCCGGCUACUCGCUGCACGGCGCCCGCGCCUGCCGCGCCGACGACGUGGACGGCCAUGGCGUCCGCCUCGUGGUGGUGACAGCUACAGACGUGCGCGUGGUGGACGCGGCGGGCCGCGACGCACACGAGCACGCGCGCGCGCCCGCGCUCAACGUGCGCGCUAUUGAUGUCAACGUGCAUAACAAUUCGAUCUGCUACAUCCACCACAACGUGUCCCGCUCGCACAUCGUGUGCGUGUCGGCGGACGACCUGCGCCGCCGCGCCGUCGUGCCCGACCCGGACCUGUUCCCCGAUGUCAACU